ACCAGACGAAUUGAACAACGAAGAUCAAAUGUGAAACCUCGAAUCAAAGACCCAGUUUUUUUUUUGUCCCCUUGAUCCCUACAAACUUUUAAAACGUCAAACUUAUCUGGAAGACAUUCAGGAAACCUGCCUUUAUACUUAAAAAAGCACAAUGCUUCUAAAUCACAUUAAAUCAAAAGAUUUAUUUUCCAAUUAUUCAGAUGAGAAAGGAGGAGAAUCAGGGUUUGGCAGUCAAAAUUCUUUAUUUCAAAACUCUGAAAAUGACAAUUAUUCUCAGGACUUCCUUACUGAACAAUAUCCAAGUCAGAGUAUGAGGGUGUACCAGAAAUAUAUGUGUGAGCCUCCUUUGUACAAAGCUUCUAGUCAAAUAGAACUAUCAAAUAAAACACUCCCGGUUUGUAAUCCACUGGAACACAACAGAAUGAAACCAAAGAAUCAAGACGAUCGCCCCCUCAUUAAUACCAUUGUAAAUAUUAUGAAGGAGUCUUCAAAUGAGACAAAAGAAACUCUAAAAGAAAUUUUGGAAAACAUAAACAAGUUUUUGAGUAAAAAUGAAACUUUAAAUCAGUCAAACCUGGAACAACUUAACCAAGAACUCAAAGAAUUCCAGCAGACAAUGUUACAGACUGUGGAACAAAACAAGGAGAAAAGUGAGGACCACUGUAAAAAAAACUAUGAAAUAGAGAAACUGAACCAGGAGUUGAGUUGUAUGAAGCAUCAUGCAUCCAGUGAGAAGUUGUUUUGUGACAAAAUUUCUGAAGAGUUUUCCGAUCAUCAGGGCUGGUUGAAUGAUAAUUUAAAGAAAUUGAUUGCAGUUUUGAAACAAGAAUCAUCAAAUAAAAACUCUUUUGCUCUUGAAGUUGAAGUUACGAAACAACAGAGUAAAGAAUUUUCACAGUUAAAAACAUUCUUGAUCAAAAAUUUUAAAGAUCUCGAAAAGAAAAUAUUAUCUUCAACAGAUGAUGUGCUAGAUCAUUCUGCUAACACAUUGUUAAACUUCAGCAAAAGUAUCUCCUUAAGGUUUGAGCAAAUACUGAAGAACUGUUCUAAAAUCUUUGAGGACAGUAUAGAAAAACAGUUUGAAAGUAACCAGAAUUACCAAGAGGAAAAUAUUGAAAGACUUGUCUGUCAGAACAUAAAGAAUAGUUACCAAGAUUUCAAGAAAAAAUCAAUAACAUGUGUGAAAUACAAACCAUCUCAUUUCAAAAAAUAUCAAAUGAACUUUAUCGCAUAAAGCAGAAAAUGGAUAUUCUAUCUCAAAACAUGACCAGUGAAAAUCAGAAAUUCCUUUCUGUAGUACCCUGUGAAAGAGACUUUAAUAUCAAGCCUUAUAAUGCUGUUAACAAGGAGCAU